AUGGCCGGCCCACACAUUCCUGGCACCGCCAAAUUUCAGACAAAUCCACUCCUACCUACCCGGCGCUUGAAGCCGCAGAAGAAGAAGACGAGGCCGAGACUCACCAACUUCGCUCCAUCGGCUGCGGACAGCGUCGAUUCAGGAGCAAGUCCUGAGGUGGAGGCUUUGAGAGUCAUUUCAGUCAACCGACAGCCCAAAGGCAAGGGAAAGGAGGCUGCCAAGCCUGAAGUGAAGCCUGCAGCGAGCACAUCUACGAUACCCGCCAAGUAUCACACUCAGACGCCAAAGGCGAUCGCUCUGAAGCCUGCACCGACCCGCCAAGCCGACGUCAUCGACCUCACGGCCGACUCUCCAAAGCUUGCGCCUAUGAAGCCUGCAGCACCUCAAACCCAAUCCUCGGUCCCUCCCGCCACCCCCUUACCACCCAUCCGCCCACCAGCCCGGAACAGUACAUCGACUGUCACCACCUUCCAGCAACAGACCUGGUCUGUCACUCCAUCCGGCCACAUCAACCUCCCCGAGCCUCGACAGAGUCAUAGCGCAGGCUACCAUCGUCAACACCAGGGACCUCGCUACAAGGUCCUGCCGGCUGGAUUUGGAGGAUUAGAGUUGGCGAGAGGUCACUUCGGACGAUCGCGGCAGAGAGGUAGGGAGAAUGGCGGGCAGAGGGAGGAGAAGGUGAAGAAGGACAUGGUGUACACGUUGAAGAGGCAUGUGGAGGAGUAUUGGCGGUCGGGAUGA